AUGGCUGACCUGAACAAUUUCGAGCGCUUCGACGUCGUUUCAGACCAUUCAGACCACCACUUUUCCCAACCAACUGCUAACACUACCAAGAAACAAAAACAGAACCGCAACCCGGAACCAACCAACCACGCUGCCCGAAACUGUUUUGCAAACACGGGCAGCAAAGUGUACAAGAACAUAAUGCGAGAAUGGAAGAUCCUCGCCAACGGCCUGCCCGACUCCAUCUACGUCCGCGUCUACGAGAGCCGCAUCGAUCUCAUGAGGGCAGCAAUCGUCGGCGCCGCCGGUACACCCUACCACGAUGGACUCUUCUUCUUCGACAUUGCUUUCCCGCCAAAUUACCCGUCCCAACCGCCCAAGGUUCACUACCUCUCUUGCGGGUUCAAACUCAACCCGAACCUUUACCAUAACGGCGAAGUGUGCCUCAGCCUCAUCAACACCUGGAUCGGUAAAAAGAGCGAGAAGUGGGACCCAUGCGGUUCAACCGUUUUGCAGCUCCUCGUUUCUCUCCAAGGCCUCGUCCUAAACGACAAGCCGUUUUUCAACGAGGCCGGAUCCGAAAUCUUCGGACGCACCUUCUUUGAAAAGCAGGCGCGUUCUUAUAACUAUUCCGUUUUCUUACUUAGCUGUAGGACUAUGCUGUUUUGGCUCCAACGACCUCCGCGGAACUUCGAGGAAUUCGUUCACGCGCACUUUCGUGGCAGCGCGUGUCGGAUUCUGCGGGCGUGCCAUGAGUACGUGAAUGGGCGCGUGAGGGUUGGGUGGUACGGUGUGAGCGACGUUGGGGAGAACGGUGACUCUUCCCAUCGGUCGCGUGUGAAGGUCCCGGAGGAAUUCAAGGCAUCGAUGGGGAAGUUGUAUCUUCGGAUGGUUGUGGCGUUUCAACUGAACGGUUCUUCGUUGUGUUCGGAGCUUUUGGAAUUAGAGAACAGUGAUAAAAAUGGUGGUUCGUCGAAGAAUAAGGGGCAUGGUGGCGACAGAAAGUAUGGGAAGAUUGUCAGGAAGGUGUUGGGGAAGUUUAGGAAGUUUUAUGCUUUGAAGAAGGAUCAAAGUAGAAGAGUCGACGUGUCAAAGUGA